AUUUUAUUCAAUUAAAGUGUCCUCUUCCUCGAAUCAGUGUUGUCGAUAUCACGUGUUCGAAUAAACUUUGAAAAAUUCGAAUGAACUUUUGGAGAGGAUAGACAUAAUUCUACGAAGCGCUUUCAAUAUCGUGGAGAUUGUCAAACGUGUCUCGAGCUCAAAAACGAAUACUUCUCGAAAAAAAUUUCUUUUCGCUGUUCUUUUAUCGCAAACUUUAUAUUUGCGUUUUAAGAAAUGCCGCCGAAGAAGAAAAAAGAGAUUGUGCCACAGGAAAUAAAUUUUAUUGAGGCAGAGCCAGAAAUCGUAGAGACGAUUGAACCUGAGGUUACAAAACCACAGAUAAAUGUACUCACCGGCGAGCCUUAUGGACCUCGAGUGCGUAUUAUCAGCGAGAAAGCCGAAGAGGAGAGUUCGGACGACGAGCCGGAAUCAGAAAUCGAAGAAGAGACCAGAUACCAAGAUCAUCACGAAGUACCUUCCGAGUUCUGGCAUAUUCAGAAGCUCAUUAAGUACAUGAAAGCCGGCAACCAAACUGCCACCAUGGUAUCUCUGUGUCUACUGAAGGAUUACGAUCUCACUGACAAGAUCAUACAAAAGGCUAUCCAGGAAAUGGGCGGUCUCGAGGUUUUGGUAAAUCUUCUGGAAACGAACGACAUCAAGUGUCAAAACGGCUCGCUAUCGGUCCUAUUGCAAAUCGUGACUUCCACGGAGAUGAAACGAUAUUUGAUCGAUUUGGACAUCACGACGCCGUUGAUCCAGAUGCUAAAACAUCCUGCUAAAGAUAUCCAGGUAUUAACGGCAGAAACACUGGCGAUUAUAGGUCAGAUCAGGAAAGCCAGAAAGCAAAUCCGAAUUCGUGGUGGAAUACCGCUUAUACUGGACGUGAUGGAUGUGCCAGACGAAGUUCUCCGUCGACCAUACGACGAAUUGAAUGAAAUCAACAAAGAACUAGUGGCAGUCGCCAUAGGUUGCGCCAAGGUCCUGGAUUCCUUAAGCAGCAGUCCGAAAGUGAAGGAGGAGCUUCGUAAACACGGCGUCGUUCGUCUGAUGUCACGCUUCUUAAGAUCAAAACAUACACACCUGAUCAUACCGAUGAUGGGCGUCGUGCAGCAGUGCGCUGAUCUGAACGUUUUCAGAGAAGCGUUCGAGAGGGUGGGCAUGAUCGACGAGUUGGUACGCCACUUGAGAAACGACAAUGUGAAACUGAAGGAGAAUUGCGCCUUAGCCAUCUUCAAGUGCGCUGCGAACCAGGAGACGCGGACGAUGGUACGUAGGGCCGGUGGUUUAGAUCCGCUCUGCAAGCUCGUGCAGAGCGACGAAGUGCGCGCCAAUAAGCCGCUACUAGCCGCGGUGACUGGCAGCAUUUGGAAGUGCGCCAUCAGUCCGGAGAAUGUUACGAGAUUCAAUCAGAACAGUCUGGUGGCCUCGCUGGUGCCGCUACUUAAAGAAAACGAGGACGAGCGGGUGUUGGCCAACGUCGUAGGCGCUCUCGCUGAAUGCUGCAAAGAUCCCACUAACAGGGAUAUCUUAAGGGCUAACGAGGGUCUACCGAAACUGAUCAGACUGUUGAGCGCCACGUACGAGCCAUUACUCGAGAACGUACCGCUGGUGCUGAAAGAGUGCGCCGUCGACGAGAAAUGCAUGGAUAUCAUUAACGAUCCGGAGCAUCGGUUAGACGGCGUACGAUUGGUUUGGUCCCUGCUGAAGCAUCCGAGCGACGUGAUCAAACGUAACGCCUGUCUCGCUCUGGUACCCUGCAUUCGGCACGCCAAAGAUUCGCCCGAAAUGGUGCGCGCUUUCGUGGGCGGCUUGGAGCUCACGGUCAGUCUUCUGGAAAGCAAGGAUACGGAGGUGCUUGCCGCAGUCUGCGCCAUGAUCGCGGAAAUCGCCACCGAUCCUGAGAAUCUGGGUAUCCUGACGGAUCAUGGAGUCGUGAGGAAAUUGGCUGCCCUCGUGGAAACUGACGAUGAGAAUUUGCGGGCGAAUCUGACAUUAGCGAUAGCCUAUUGCUGCGAGUGGGAUCGGAAUAGUUAUGAAUUCGGCAAACUAAACGCCGUUGCACCGCUCGUCAAUUAUAUGACCAGUAAGAACAAAGACGUGUUAAAGGGCGUCUGCAUCGCCGUGUAUCAUUUAAGCAAGGAGCCCUUAAAUUGCGUGACUAUGCACACCUGCGGUGUUAUUAAGCAUGUAUUGCGCUUGGUGGGUUCGGACGAUCCAGAAGUGCAGAUUGCAGCUGCGUCCACCAUUCGUCACAUAAGAAAGCUCGCAUUGACAGCGGAGAAAUUCCAUUUCAAAGAAGUGAAUACAUUACAGGAAACCGAUUUUCUUCUAUAAAUAACAUCAUUUAUCAAAAGUAAACAAAAAGAGGGAGAAAAAGAGAAAAAGGUGAAAAAGAAUGUAUAAAAUAAAAAGAUAUUUAUUGAUGCAUGUCAAUAUGACAAUUUAUGCACAAUUUCCGUCAAUAUUUCUAGAUUUACAAUUUUGCUUAAAGAUCCUAAUAUUCUUCUUGUGACAACAAUUGGUAACACUGUAUGAAGAGUAAUUGAAGAAAGGUAUAGAAAAUGUUCCUGUUUCUCACAGAAUAUGGAUAUUCAAUUCAUAAUUGAGGAACACUGAUCUUGCCAGAUAUACAUAAUCAUUAACUAUUAAAUAAUUCGAAAUAACUUGUAUUUGAGCAAUACAUAUACCGUAAACUUGUCUCUGUACUUCAAAUUUAAAGUUCCAAAAUGUGUACAUAGAAUACUAUUAUUAUAUAAUGAAGAAGAGAGUAUAUAGAAGACAAUCGAAUGCCAGUAUGAUAUAACUUUACUCACUUACUUUGAUGCACAAAUUUAAGCUAAUUGUGCUUUCACUUUCAUUAACAACUCGUAAACUAAAAGGAUCCUUCACUCAAUUCAGCAAAAGUUUCACCUCUUGUCUCUCCAUAAUAGAGAAUGUAAUAAUUAAAUGGCCACAUUUUUUAUUAAAAGUUUGAUAUAAAUCUUUUUAUUAAAUUUUUAUU